UUACUUUCAGAGAUGCCAAAAACUGGGGAAAACAUUAUCUAGGGUGUAAAGGGCACCUUCAAUCUCCCAUAGCGUACGAUGCAAAAAAAAUGAUUGGUGAAUAUUUAACUCUAAAAGAAAAAAUGAAAUUUACAGACUUUCACAAAUUACCAACAAGAGUUAUAAUGAAGAAUACUGGGCGCACUGUGGAAUUAAAAGGUGAUUGGUCCGGAAAACCUCCAAUGUUUACUGGUGGACCCCUUCGCGGGAAUUAUGUAUUUGAAAAAAUCAGUUUCCGUUGGGCCCCAAAAGAGUGGACGGAGGCAAUAAAUUAUGAUCCUCAGUACAAAUUCAUCGAUAUGCAGUAUAUGGACAUGCACUUGUAUUUUUAUAAAGAAAACUUGAAAUCAUUUGAAAAAGCUGAAUCACAGAAGGACGGUCUUGCAGCAUUUAAAUUGAAGAUCCUGUUUCUGGAAGAAGAUCCUUUGUUCAAGGACCUGGAAAAAAAUAUACAUAAGGUGCAAUCCAAAAUAAAUUCAACAGUUGAGUUACAUCCAAUUCCUUUAGCAAGUUUUGCAGUUACGGACGUUUCACAAGAGAGUUUACAGUUUCUAUUUUACAAAGGCUCGAUAGAUUAUCCGCCUUGCUCGGAAUCUGUGACUUGGUUCGAACCUGAUUUUGGUGGCUCUAUUUCCGAAAGCCUGCUAAAUGAAUUCAGGAAAGUAAAGUUAGAGGGCGGAGACGUGUCGAACGUUAGACCUCCACAGGCGGUAAACAAACGUCCAACAAAGUGGGUGAAUGCUGACGAAGUGCACAACGGAUAAUUGACGGUAACCGGGUGCGCUCGGGAAUAGUUUUCUGCAGUUUUCUACUCCCUUGGCUAAAAGUGUAAGCAACUACGAGCGCCUCUAAUAAAAAUCCGGCUGCAGAAGGUAGGGGAUAGAUAUUAUGCGUAUUGGUGUUUUAU